CUCACCAAUACACUAUAUGAUGAACUGAAGAAACAGGGCAGCUACCGCGAACAAAUGCAUAAUGUUGCUAAAAGAGGGAUUGGUAGUUAUUCGAGAGGCAAUAUGAAACCAGGGUGGAAGUUUACGAUAGAGGGGGCCAAAGGAAUAAAAGCUUUACUCGGACGUGUGAUGGAUAUCACAGGUCGAGUGAACGAGGUUUUCACGCCAGGCCAAGGCCUGACGAAUGCCGGGAUUGAACUCCUUGGCGCACAGUUAGCUAACAUGACUAUUGGAGACAUCAGUGCAUUGCUAGACAUGCAGAACUUAGAUCCUGUGGUUGUCUUCAAUCUGAUGAAAGAUAUGUGGAAACUGUUUGAAGCUAUUUACAACGAUCUCAUCGACACAUUCACCUCAGGGAAAAUGCUCGAAUACCUCCUCGGUGACCUCCACCUUAGGGCAACAUAUCAAUUUCCAAAACUUCACCUCACAUUUUUUCACGUAGACUACUUUUUCUUGGUCGGUGGUAUAGUCCCUAUGAACUUCGCCUUUGGUGUCCAAGGUUAUGUCGGCUUGGAGAUCGAGAUUGGUGCAAAGGUGUUAAAGUUGUUCGCAUACGCUAUUGCCACACCUAGUACUGGUAUCAAACUCUAUGGUGAAGCAGGAAUCGGCUUUAUCCUGUAUGCCAAGCUGAGAUUGACGGGGGCGAUUUGUGAAGUGAGAUUCCCAACUAUGAUGGAUACUUAUUUCUUAAAAUUUCCACUCAGCGUCAGAGUUCGGAUGGACAUAGUGUUGAUCCCGUUGAUUCUUAAGUUAAAGGCUCUUGUCACACUUGAAGUCAACCUGUGGUUUAUCAGCUUCAGGGUAGUUUUGUUUCGUGCUCUGAUAUGGAAGUAUCAGGCUCCAAGCAUCAGAGGCAACAUCUUUGACACACAUGGAAAUGAGAACGAUGAUAGUGGACCAAUUUUCGAAGCUCACGCGACUAAGGAACCGGAUAUCGAGUUUAAUUUUGACGAUGUAGAAAAACGCGAACGUCGGUCAGUUCAAUCUCGCACCAACCAAUGCCAGGUUCAUCAGAUUGCCGGGAGAGACUACACGGAGCCAGCCUUUGAGAUCUCGGUGAAGGCUACUGACGACAAAUCACGAGUGAACCUGUAUCUUGAUGUGGGUAUUGUCCCUGGUGGAAAUGAAAUACUAAAGUCGAAGAAACUUGCAGGGGAGUCGACUGUUAUGACCAAUGUGCUGUGGAAGGCAGCAGGACGCAGCACCUACUUCCGAGUCCGCGGCCAGAACAGUCAAGGUUCAAACGCGUACGUCGAUUGCUCCAUCCCAACGUAUGACUUGACUCCUCCUGUCGCUCGGGUAAAGACGAACGCCUUCAUCACUAGCAACCGACACGUCAUUGAAGGUUUCUACAGAGCGUUUGAUGACUCUGCAAUAUCACGCGAAAUGUUCGCAUUCGGUUUCGGAAAAAGCAGUCUCGAUGAUCAAAUAUCUCCUUGGAAAGUUUUUACGUCAGUUGUACCCGUUCGCUAUGGGCCUUCAGGGAAUAAUGAACAUUUCUUCACUGCGCCUGCUGAAGGGCGACUGCUCGUUUCCAUAACCAAGACCAUCUACCAGGUCCUUAAUCCAAACGAGUGUGGGGGCUACUGCCUGAAGGAAGUGCCACAUAAAUGCAUGAGCUUUAAUUACCAUUAUGGAAAGACUGGGGCAUGUGAAUUGUUGGAAGGAAUUGAAAGUAUUGACAAUAAACUGACGAAGUCGGACAUGUUUUACUAUUAUGAACGCCUGGGCAGUGGAUCGGCAGUAUCUCUCAGCAGAAAGGAUCUCAUGCUUACCCACAAUAACCUCCACUACAUAAACGUGGAAAUUAUAAACAGUCUCGGCUAUCGCAGCCUCAAGUCUUCGAGCGGAAUCCUCACCGACUUCACUCUCCCUGAGCCAGGACCAAUCGCGAAUCAAUCCAAAGAUGUGCUUGAGUUUCGCCCCUGUGGUGAUCUCAUUCCACCCGACAAGGAUGAGUGGCGUGGUCUGUGUGUCGGGGUGGACUCACGAGAAAAGAACAGUCGCGUUAUAAUUGACGGAGAGGGAUCCAAAACAAUGUUUAACGGCGGUAUUCCACUGAGAGACCUACGGUUCACCAGAUCGAAUCGUUACAUUGCUGGCAAUUGGGAUGGGUUUCAUGACACCGAGAGCGGCAUUCGUGGAUACACCUUGGCUGUAGGGGAAACCAUUUGUGAGGAACGUAUACGGGAACAUCGUGAUCCCCAUGACCAUUUGAACCACGAGUCAGAAUGGACUCACAAAGAAACCAUUGAGGUGGAUCCGCAACUCAAAGAUGGCUCGUACUAUCUGACGAUCCGAGCCUUGAACAGAGCCGAUUACGGAGGCCCUCUAGCGGUCACAGUAUGCCAUACCACUCCCUACGUGAUAGACAACACAGCGCCUAUUCUGAAAAAUAUUCGGAAUAUCGCCUACAACGAUGUGACUAGCCUUCUUACGGCAAAUCACAAUGCAAGCGACUCUCAAUCCCAUAUUAUGGCGAUAUACGCAUGCCUAGGUCGAACUAAAAGAACGUGCGACAUAAAAGAAUGGUUCCUUUUACCGGUCGAAAAAAACUUCAUUCGGAUUCCCUACCAGCUACCUGAUGGUGUACAAACAUGGGUGAAGCUUAAGGCCUAUAACCACGUUGACAUGUUCACUGAGGUUGUCGCUGAUAGUCCUAUCAUGGUUGACCGUUCUCCCCCACUGGCAGGAUCCGUAUUUGAUGGCGAGACAGUGCACGUAGAUCAGAGAUAUUUUAAAUAUCAACGUAAGAUAUGCGCCAGUUGGCUCGGUUUCAGCGAUCCACAAUCAGGGCUCACGUCGUUUGAGCUAUCUGUCGGAACCGCGCGAUUCUCUGUCGACAUAGUCAACCGGCAUCGUAUCGGCUCACAUCACAGCAGCUUCUGUAUUGACUUGGGACCAUACAACCGAACCCUCACCCACAACAGGAUGUAUUUCUUCACAGUGACAGCAUGGAAUGGUGGCAUCGUGAAGAUGUCCGUAAACGCAUCAUCUACUGGAGUUAUAAUCGAUCUAACGCCGCCUGUAAAAGGUGAGGUUGUUGACGGUAGUCUGCAAGGAUUCAGGGAUGUCAACAUAAGUUCCAUCAGUUCAAUUGUGGCUGGUCAGUUUCGGGGCUUUAAUGACCCAGAGUCCGGUAUCAAUGAUACAGAGAUCCAAGUUGAUGUUGCACCGUCUCUAACCGGAGAGUUUGAUACCGUACAUGCAUACCAGUCGAUUUACCAGGAGCAUGAUUUCCAAUGGGCUCACUUUCAUCUGAAACACAAGGACCGAGUUAGAACUUUAUUACGGGCCACUAACGGUGCAAACAAUGCUAUCACAGGCACUACCGAUGGCUUCCUUGUUGAUCUGACCCCUCCAAAACUCGACUUCAUACGCGUGGUCGAUGAAAGGAAUCCCGAGAAGGACUUUAAGUACCAGACUGUUGACAAUAAGAUGUCUGUCAGUUAUGGUUUUCACGAUGAAGAGUCGGGGAUAUAUCGUUAUAGAGUGCGAUUGUACGAGUCAUACGAGAACAGAAAGACACUUCUUGAUGAAUCGGCGUACAUCCAGGCUAAUCAGACAUUGUACAACCAUAAAGACCUGAAGAUAAAGAAUGGAGCUUACAUAUAUACUGAAGUGGAAAGUCAGAAUAUGGCUGUGCCAGGGUUGAAUGUCAUGGCUCGUUCAUCUGAUGUGAAGGUGGACACUACACCUCCAGUGAUGUCAUAUGUGCUGGUUGGUGUAAACUCUGGUGAGAUUGAAGAGAAACACAAUGACACUGUGUUUCAGUCGGUGACGGAAGGGAUUCUUGCCUCCUGGAAAGGUAGCGAUGGUCAGUCGGGGAUUGACGACUAUCAAGUGUGCGUAGGAACGUCUGCAGAUAAAUGCGAUGAGUUGUCUUGGAAGUCGAUGGGUGCAUCAGAAGAUGGUUAUAUCAAUGGUCUGUCUCUCGGUCUAACCAGCACAACGGGAGAGUAUUACUACGUCCGCGUGCGUGCCAAGAACAGUGCUGGACUGAUGUCUGAGCCUAUCACUGGGACGCGGAUUGCCGUCCUAAAUGAAGAUGCUACAGGACAUAUCGCAGACGGACCAGCCGGUACAGAUUCCAUCAAUCAGGAGAUGAUUGGCGAGGACAUUGAUGUGACACUUGACGGUCACAUUGUCACCAUGCAGUUUGAUGGCUUCAGCAGCCAUCUCUAUGGAAUACAGCACGUUGAGUGGGCCAUUGGAUCAUCACAGUAUGGUGAAGACGUACAACCAUUCAUGUCAAAGGGAACAAUCCUGUCGGAGGACGACACUUCACUGUUUGGCCACGCAGGAUCGGGAACAGCCUCAGCGCCAGUCGACCUCGAGCCAGGUAAAAUGUACUUUGCAAGCGUCCGAGUCACUACAUAUCAAGGCAACGUACUUGAAGCAUCUUCCGAUGGCUUCAUUAUCGACCAGACCCCACCUUCCAUAAUCAUUACAAGAAUGGGUCUCCACGACAAGCAGACUGCCGAUUUGACUGAAGGGAACGCUAUAUACCAACAGACAGAUGCCAUGCUGUCUGCUUCGUGGCAGUACACUGAAGACUUUCAAGUAUCCCUGGGGUAA